AUGUCUUUUAACGAUGACGAUACAGAGGGUUUAGAAGAAGAAGAAUUGUGGCGUCAAUGGGUUGAUAAGAAACUCAUUGUUCUAACACCACCUAAUAUCUAUCGUACAAUACCAGAAGCAUUGCAAGCUUUUGAUUAUUGUUUGACGGAGGGUAAGUUUACACCUAUGGAACGUCGUGUGUCCAAGUAUGUUGGUGCUGUGGUGAUGUACCUCAUUGCAAAGAGAUCCAAGAAGAAAUACGAGAUUGAUGAUGAACGUCAAGCGCUCUACUUGGCACUGGAUAAUUGGGUGGAUGCUAUUGGUGACAAACGUCCGUUUCUUGGAGGUAACGAGCCCAAUAUGGCGGACCUAUCAGUUUUUGGUGUCCUACGUGCGAUGCACGGACUGGACACGUACAAUGAUAUAAUGCGUGAGACAAACAUCAAGCCAUGGUUUACACGCAUGAUGGUAAAGGUUGGUGCUAGCUCCCGCAUUGGUAGCAACUAG